AUGACAACCGGGAGCAUUAAACCCACCAAAGAAAGGAAGUCUCGAAAGAGCAAACAGCCGAUACUCGACGAGAAAUCACCGUUGUUACCCACAAAACACGGGGAAGAUAGUGGGUUUGAUGAGUUUAACGGGGCUUCUUUUAGUGGGGCCGUGUUUAAUUUAUCGACGACUGUAGUUGGUGCUGGAAUAAUGGCUUUACCUGCAACCAUGAAGGUUUUGGGGCUCUUCUUGGGGAUUGCCAUGAUAAUAUUCAUGGCGUUCUUAACAGAGGCGUCGAUCGAGCUGUUGCUUAGGUUCAGCCGAACAUCAAAAUCGAGUUCCUACGGAGGUCUUAUGGGGGAUGCGUUUGGAAAGUUUGGCAGAAUGUCGAUUCAGCUGUGUGUAUUGGUCAACAACAUUGGUGUUCUUGUGGUUUACAUGAUUAUAAUCGGUGAUGUGCUUUCUGGAACAACAUCUGAUGGAAUUCAUCACGCGGGUGUUCUAGAAGGUUGGUUUGGACCAUACUGGUGGAAUGGGCGUUUUUUCGUGCUUCUUAUUACAACUCUUGCCAUAUUUGCACCUUUGGCCAGCUUAAAGAGGAUCGAUUCAUUGAGAUACACUUCUGCUUUAUCAGUGGCAUUAGCUGUAGUGUUUCUUGUUAUAACUGUGGGAAUCACAGUCUUCAAGUUGAUAAACGGAACUACUCUUAUGCCUCGGUUAUUUCCAGAUGUCAACAAUCUAACCUCAUUCCUCAAUCUCUUCACUGCCGUUCCUGUUCUUGUCACGGCUUAUAUCUGCCACUACAAUGUCCACACAAUAUAUAACGAGCUCGAGGACAACACUCAAAUGAAGGGGGUUGUGCGUACCUCCCUCACUCUUUGUUCCAGCGUAUAUGUAAUGACGAGCCUUUUCGGGUUCCUUUUAUUCGGAGACGCCACUCUGGACGACGUGCUGGCCAACUUCUCAACCGACCUCGGAAUUCCGUUCGGGUCACUGCUCAAUGAUGCUGUUCGGGUCAGCUACGCGGCCCACCUAAUGCUCGUUUUCCCAAUCGUGUUCUAUCCUCUUAGGUUAAACUUAGACGGGCUCCUUUUUCCUUCAGCAAAACCUUUGGCUUCAGACAACCUAAGAUUCGUGUCCCUUAGCAUUGGGCUCAUGGGUUUGCUUUUUCUUGGUGCGAAUUUUAUACCGAGCAUUUGGGAUGCUUUUCAGUUUACAGGAGCAACUGCAGCUGUUUGCAUUGGUUUUAUAUUUCCUGCUGCCAUUACUCUGAGGGAUCGAUAUGGUAUAGCCACAAACCGGGACAAGUUCUUAUCCGUUUUCAUGAUAAUUCUUGCUGUCUUUUCCAAUCUGGUCGCUAUAUAUAGCGAUGCCUAUGCAUUGUUCAAGAAAGGCCCGACUCACCGUGAGUGA